GGGGUUAUUACCGCCCUUGGAGAGUGUUUACCAAUAACAACGACCUAUAUUCUGUCAAGGCAUGUCUGACAAGUGCGAGGAGCUGCACAGGGCCAUCCAGUUGGGGCUAGUACCGGAAGUGCGCCACCUAGUUGCCGGCGGUGCCAACAUGGACCGGGUGCUGGGGAUGCGAGGGACAGCUCUCUGUGCCGCUAUUGAGGCUCGAAAUUAUGACAUCACCAAGCUGCUCUUAGACGCCGGGUGUGACGUAAACGCUCGUGACUUUGAUGGAGAGCCACCGAUUUUACUCGCUAUCCGGAAAGCACUGCCAGUUUUUCACAAGAAAGCAAGUGCAUCGCAUGCUUUUCAGUUAGGCGCUGUUGAAACGGGGUCAGUUUCUUUGGUUGAUUUAAUUGUCAAUCACGAAAAAUGUAACUUGAACAAAAUGGAUCCGAUAACAAAGCAGACUGCGCUCCAUUUAUCGGUAAGUGAGAAACUUGAGUCACUAGUUGUCAUGCUUAUGACGUCACAAUCGAGCAUUCCGUGUGAUGUUAGAAUAAAAAACAGAGAGGGAAAGUGUUUACUAACAACAACGACCAUGUCAAGGCCUAACUUGGAAAAGAGAAGAGCUGAACAGAGCGAACGAGAGUUUCGACCGGAAGCACUCUGCGCCGCCAUUAAGACUGGAAAUUAUGGCCUCGCCAAACAGUUCAUAGACGCCGGUUGGGAUGUUAACCGCUGUACCCUUGCUGGAAGUCCGCCGCUUUUCCUGGCUCUCCUAAAAGAACUGCCAGUUUUUCACAAGAAAGUAAAUGCAUCACAUGCUAAACAGUUAGACGCUGUUGAAACCGGUUCAGAGUCAUUAUUUGAUUUAAUUGUCAAUCACCCAAACUGUGACUUGAACGAAGUUGAUCCGAUAACAAAGCAGACUGCGCUCCAUUUUUCGGUAAGUGAACAACUGGAGUCAUUGGUUGUCAUGCUAAUGAAAUCAAAAUCCAGCACACCGUGUGAUGUUGGAAUAAAAAACAGACAAGGCCAGACGGCUCUACAUCUCGCGGUUUCCAAAGCCAAUACAAGUAUAGUAGAAGUUCUGUUGCAGAACGACUCGUGUUUGAGUGACGUAUUUACGGGCUUACAGACGUGCCGUGGGUAUCCAUAUAACACAGACGGCUGGACAGCGCUUCACUUGGCUUGCAAACGCGGCAACUUAGCUAUUUUAAGGCUUCUCGUCGAACGGUUAAGAAAUUUGCCGACACAAAAGAAUUCUUCAGACGAGAAUUCGAACAGAGAGAAUAAUGUAUUUACACAUAAUUUGAAUGCAUUGACGCGGUAUACACAUGAGACAUGUCUGCAUCUUGCUGCAAUUGAAGGGCACAUACAGAUUAUGAAUUAUUUAGUAGAAUGUCAGGCAGACGUAGACGUGAAGGACGCGUCGGGAAACACGCCUUUAAUUUUAUUUCUCGUCUCGGACUACCAGUGGGAUCGCGCCGAUAACAGCGUGCCAUCUAUGCUUCUGAGACAUGGCGCUAAUCCAAACACUACGACAAGCUUUAUGGUACAUCGUGACGACAUUUGCAGAUCAUCUAAAGUCACACCGCUCAUGUUAGCGGCUAUGCAUGAGCAAGACAACAUUGAACUGGCGAGAGUUCUCAUCCAACAUGGUGCUGACGUUAACAUGACGGACUCCAACGGCAAUACUGCGGUCUAUUACGCUCUUUGUCAAAAGUCUGCGAAAGUGGCUUCUUACCUUCUUAGAGACUGCUCGCAUACCGAUUUCAAUAUUGAAAACAUUGGCAGGGAUAGUUGUGUAUUCUACAUUGCAAAUAAUUAUCAUGACGACGCUGACUUGAUGCAACAAUACGUUGGUGCGAUUUUCGAUAGGUGUGGUGAGCUUGCUGUCAGCAGAUUUGUUGGAACGGCACUGGAGAAGGCUUUCUAUUUGGAAAAUCAUCUUUUAAUGGACGCAGUUUUAGAGCGGAUAGGUAUAUACGAUGCCAAUAGCAUACGCACAUAUUGGGAUGAUUGGGAUGUGGAAGAUUUACUCGUUCGCGCGGCUGACAGUGGGUUUCUGCCAAUGGUUAGAAUACUUCUUAGUCAUGGCGUAGACAUUGAUACUCGAGUCUCCGUAUUUGUUAAUUAUGAACUGUCAAGUUGUUUGGAGGUUUCUCUAAGUGCCCAUAAAAACCUGGUUGCAAAAUACCUAAUUGACAAUGGUUGUAGUUUAGAACUUGACAGUGUGACCAUUGCAAUUGAUGACAGUGAUAACAGCGACGCUAUAAGUAAAGAAGUAUGUGCGUUGUUAAAAGAGGCAUCUCAAACCCCUCGAUCGCUAGAGUUGAUGUGUUUAUGUUGUCUAAGAAAGCGUCUGAUUGCAAACAAAGUGCCGUUUUCGAAAGUUCACCUCCUGCCGUUACCACCCCAACUACAAAACAGCAUUCGAUACCGAUGAAAUUAUGUAUGAAUAUAGUUUAUCCGUCAAUUUUCAUCAUCAUAUUAAUUAUUAUGAAAUGUCUGCCUAAAUGUCAAGAGAAUUGAAAAUGUUGUUCGAAAA